AUGAAAAAGCAUCUCAUUUAUGGCAUUGCCAUAAAGAGCUGCGUUGAUUUUGCAGAAUUUCCUGAUGGUGUUCUCAAUGUUUCAUUUCUUGAGACAGUGGAUGAUGGGACUGGAUGCAUCCUAUGCAUUUUGAGAACUCAAUCUACUGAUGAUAUGGGUGAUACUAAGAACAUCCAGACUAAUCAACAUGACAAAUGCCACCAAGGGAAUUUCAGCCUUGGGGAUUUGGUCCUUGUCCGUGGUAACCCUCAAAUGCAACGGGAUGAGCACCGUAUCCUAGUCACAUAUCAU